AUGCUCCGCAUGGGCGGGCUGCUCCGGCUCCUCACUUUGGUGAAGUUGCCCUGCUGCCUGCUCGAGUUGCUGCUCUCCGAGGUGGCCCGCGGGCAGGAGAUGUACGCGCCGCACUCCAUCCGUCUUGAGGGGGACAUCACCCUGGGCGGCCUCUUCCCCGUGCACGCCAAGGGCCCCUCGGGCGUGCCGUGCGGGGACAUCAAAAAGGAGAACGGCAUCCACAGGCUGGAGGCGAUGCUCUACGCGCUCGACCAGAUCAACAGCGACCCGGACUUGCUGCCCAAUGUCACGCUGGGCGCUCGCAUCCUGGACACCUGCUCCCGGGACACGUACGCCCUGGAGCAGUCGCUCACGUUCGUGCAAGCGCUCAUCCAGAAGGACACCUCCGACGUGCGCUGCACCAACGGCGAGCCGCCCGUCUUCGUCAAGCCCGAAAAAGUAGUCGGUGUGAUCGGGGCGUCGGGGAGCUCCGUAUCUAUUAUGGUGGCCAACAUCCUCCGGCUCUUCCAGAUCCCACAAAUCAGUUAUGCCUCAACUGCACCAGAGUUGAGUGAUGACAGGCGCUAUGAUUUCUUCUCACGUGUGGUUCCUCCAGAUUCCUUCCAAGCGCAAGCAAUGGUGGACAUUGUAAAAGCUUUGGGCUGGAAUUAUGUAUCCACUUUGGCAUCUGAAGGGAAUUAUGGAGAAAAAGGAGUCGAGUCCUUCAUGCAAAUUUCCAGAGAGGCAGGUGGUCUCUGCAUAGCUCAGUCUCUGAAGAUCCCGCAGGAUCGCAAAGACAAGACCAUCGACUUCGAUAAAAUUAUCAAGCAGCUUCUAGAAACUCCUAAUGCCAGGGCCAUUGUUAUUUUUGCCAACGAUGAGGACAUAAAGCAGAUCCUUGCAGCCGCUAAAAGGGCAGAUCAAGUUGGUCACUUUCUUUGGGUGGGCUCAGACACUUGGGGUUCCAAAGUGAGUCCGUUAAUUCAGCAAGAAGAUGUUGCUGAGGGAGCAAUCACCAUUCUGCCCAAGAGAGCAACCAUAGAAGGAUUUGAUGCCUAUUUUACCUCACGUACCCUCGAGAACAACAGAAGGAACGUGUGGUUUGCAGAGUACUGGGAGGAGAACUUCAACUGCAAGUUAACGAUCAGUGGAUCAAAAAAGGAAGACACAGAUCGUAAAUGCACAGGGCAGGAGAGGAUUGGCAAAGACUCCCAUUAUGAGCAAGAAGGGAAGGUUCAGUUUGUGAUCGAUGCUGUGUAUGCGAUGGCGCAUGCGCUCCAUCACAUGAACAAGGACCUUUGUGCCGAUUACCCRGGCGUCUGCCCGGAGAUGGAGCAGGCAGGAGGCAAGAAGCUGCUGAAGUACAUACGCAGCGUUAACUUCAACGGCAGUGCUGGCACUCCAGUGAUGUUUAAUAAAAAUGGUGAUGCGCCAGGACGCUAUGACAUCUUUCAGUACCAUACAACGAACACCAGCACCCCAGGCUACCGGCUUGUUGGCCAGUGGACAGAUGACCUUCAGCUCAAUAUUGAGGAAAUGCAGUGGGGUAAAGGAGUACGUGAAAUCCCGUCCUCGGUCUGCAGUCUGCCAUGCAAACCAGGAGAGAGGAAGAAGAUGGUCAAAGGGAUGCCUUGCUGUUGGCACUGUGAGCUCUGUGAUGGGUACCAGUACCAGGCUGAUGAGGUGACUUGUUUACUCUGCUCAUACAACGAGAGACCCAAUGAGAACCGGACUGGCUGCCGCUCAAUACCCAUUGUCAAGCUGGAAUGGCAUUCUCCGUGGGCCGUGAUACCCGUCUUUUUGGCCAUGCUUGGAAUUAUUGCCACCAUUUUUGUAAUGGCAACGUUCAUUCGAUAUAAUGACACUCCCAUUGUCCGGGCUUCUGGAAGGGAACUCAGCUAUGUCCUGUUAACAGGGAUAUUUCUUUGUUACAUAAUUACUUUCCUGAUGAUUGCCAAACCAAAUGUUGCAGUAUGCUCUUUCCGACGUAUCUUUUUGGGCUUGGGGAUGUGCAUCAGCUAUGCAGCCCUGUUAACUAAAACAAACCGCAUCUACCGCAUAUUUGAACAGGGCAAAAAAUCAGUGACAGCACCUAGGCUUAUAAGCCCAACAUCACAACUGGCAAUCACGUCAAGUUUAAUAUCUAUUCAGCUCCUAGGUGUAUUUAUUUGGUUUGCAGUUGACCCUCCCAACAUCAUCAUAGAUUAUGAUGAGCAGAAAACUAUGAACCCUGAUCAAGCCAGAGGAGUUCUCAAAUGUGACAUUACGGAUCUACAAAUCAUUUGUUCCUUGGGUUAUAGCAUUCUUCUAAUGGUUACAUGUACUGUGUAUGCCAUCAAGACUCGGGGUGUCCCAGAGAAUUUUAAUGAAGCUAAACCCAUUGGAUUCACUAUGUACACUACCUGUAUAGUAUGGCUUGCCUUCAUUCCAAUAUUUUUUGGCACUGCCCAGUCAGCUGAAAAGCUCUACAUACAAACUACCACACUUACAAUAUCCAUGAACUUAAGUGCUUCAGUGGCCCUGGGGAUGCUUUACAUGCCGAAAGUGUACAUCAUCAUCUUCCAUCCUGAACUAAACGUCCAGAAGCGGAAGCGCAGCUUCAAGGCUGUGGUAACAGCAGCGACCAUGUCGUCACGGCUUUCGCACAAACCUAGYGACAGGCCCAAUGGCGAAGCAAAAACAGAGCUUUGUGAAAAUGUAGAUCCAAACAGCCCUGCUGCAAAAAAGAAGUACGUCAGUUAUAACAACCUGGUUAUCUAGUCCGUUUUGUCAGUGAAGCUGCGGAGGGAUGAAGCCUUUAACCCAUUCAGUCACCCGGCCUGGCACACGUCUCUUCCUGCCUGCUCGGCACCUGCAGCAGGAGGGGCAAGGCCASGCAGGCAUCGUGGAGACACGUGUUAGAGGAUCCAAGUGUUCUGAACAGCUGCUCUAUGAAAUAUCCUUCAUUAUUCUUGGCUUAAUAAGUCACUGGCACUGCCAUUAGGCUGUGACCUUGGACCUUCUGUACGUAUGGGAGUUGAAAUACCUGAGUACCCAGCUCCUCAUGGGUGAACUGCAUUUAGCAACAGUGACUUUAAAGGGGCUAAUUCUGUCUUUCUAUGUACUUCCAGACUGCAAGUUUUUGAACUUUCUGUACAGUUUGUGAGGAUUUUUGCAUAUUGCCAUCCAUGUUGUUUCGAGUUCACUGUUUGUUUUUUGAAUGCACAGUUUCAUUGAGGCCCUAUUCUCUCAGACCUAGCACAUUAAAAAAAAAGCUAAGGAUUUAAAAGACCUAUGAUGUACAUGACUUGUAUGACCACUAUUGUAUCACUGCGAUCCAUAUACAUUUUUUUAAAAAAGUAAACAAAAGAAUUUAAAGACCAAAAACUGUGCUGGCGAAGUUAGCCCCCUCCCCCCAGCCUUUCACCACUCUGACGGGCUGCAGAGGAAGCAGAAAGGAGUUUUGCUGAGUUUAGUAGAGGUCUUGAUAUUUGGAAUGCAUGCCAGUAAUGUAUUUUAUGGUACAUGUUAAUAAUUUAUGUUUGAUAUUUGUAUUUGUGUUCUAUUUUGUUAUUUUAUUUAAGGUAUAUGACUAUUUUGCAAUAAUUUCAAUAAUUCUUAUGGUAUUUGGAAGAAAGAAUAUGGCUUUUACAUGUCUUGAGGUUUUUCUCUGUUGAUGCCCCAACAUGACUGACCAGUGUGAUAAGGACUUAAAAAAAGCAUGUAUGUUUUAUACUGUUUGUAAUAAGUAAUUUCGUUAAUCUUGCUGCUUAUGUGCCAAUUUAGUGAAAACAACCUUUGCCGCUAACUCCUCCCUUCCUUUCCAUUCUCUCAAUCC